AUGGAAUCUCCAAUUACAACAGAUCUCAGCCUUAUUCCACUUAGCUCGUUGCCAAAAUCCGCAGACUCGACGUCUAGCAGCUUUCUAGCGACGCAUGCACCUCCGCCAAUGAUCAAGGCAACUGACACGACUCAACCAGCAAUCUUUCGCGUACAAUCCUAUCUCGACGAGUUGACCAGAGCAGCAUUUGAAGUCUCUACCAGCCUCUUGUGUAGCUCUGUACUCGCCGGACAAUCUAGUGAAAGCGACGAGUAUGGCGACGUUGGCGUUUGGGUCGGUUCGCUGACCCAAAAGGACCCGGAGAAUGUACUACAGAAUCUUGGACUCGCCGAUUGGGUGAAUUAUAAGAAGGGAAAGAUUGUGACUGCUGGGGCAUCUCCCUCGCCAUUGCCAUCCGCUUUGACAUCCUCCGGAUCUUUCUCUUCCGAGACACCAAAGAUUCAUAUGGAUUCGCUGUCGAUGCUCCUCAACAACCUCGAUUCCCCACUAGAAUUCCGCGUCGAAGGGCUCGGAGGCGGUAUCACGCUCUAUUUUCUCGUGGGAAAGCUCAGUCAUGCCAAGGGAGGGUUUGAAGGUGAUGAUGGAUAUGCAGGUCUGGUUGGAGUCGGAGUAAUGGCAGACGGCGACGAAGAUUACUGA